AGAUUACUUAAAUAUACAUGAAAAAACAUCAAAAUGCAACUUUGAGUAUGUAAUGAGGGAGCACAUGGUUAAAAUCUUAUAAAUGCUAUUCAAUUAAUGUACUCAACUUAAGUAGACAUAUACAAUGCAUAGCCGUUAGAUGGCAGAAGUGAGCUCGGAGCCAUCGGGACAUGCCAUAAAUGAAGUGGAAAUGUCUCUGACGUAUUUCCGGUCUGAAUAACCCGCGAGUGUUCGUGUUUUGUCGCGGCACGAGAGAGAACCCAUGAGAAGCGCACUGUUAAAACGGAUUUCUAAAAAGCUUUGAAAGGGUUUAUAGAUAUCAACGUGCUGCAUAUAACACUGGGGUUAACGACUUCUUUUCUAACUGGUUCAACGUUGAAGCACUUCAAGAAAUCGCCAUGGCCAAGGUGCAAGUGCUGAACGUAGCGGUACUGGACAACCCAAGCCCGUUUGGAAAUCCGUUUCAGUUUGAGAUCACGUUUGAGUGCAUGGAGGAUCUGCCUGAAGAUCUUGAGUGGAAAAUCAUCUAUGUCGGAUCAGCAGAGAGUGAGGAGUACGACCAAGUGCUGGACUCUGUCCUGGUGGGCCCAGUGCCAGCUGGGCGGCACAUGUUUGUGUUUCAGGCUGACGCCCCCAACACUGGUCUCAUCCCAGAGACUGACGCUGUCGGAGUUACUGUUGCUCUUAUCACAUGCACAUAUCGUGGACAAGAAUUCAUUCGUAUUGGUUACUAUGUGAAUAAUGAAUAUACAGAUGUUGAAUUAAGAGAAAAUCCACCUCUUAAACCAGAUUACAACCAGCUCCAGAGGAAUAUUUUGGCCUCCAAUCCUCGUGUGACUCGCUUCCACAUCAACUGGGAUGGUUCAGCAGACAAGAUGGAGGACACCGAAAAUGUUGACCCGUCUCCAAACAUAAACUGCAUGCUCCCUCCUACUUGUGCGCCAGGAAAGAUGCCUCCAAUGGGACUGCUGCCAGACAACUCUAUGGACUGCAUGUAAGAACCAACUGUUAAAAACUGGACUCCAACCUCGUGUGCUAUUUUUUUGCCUUAACCUAGAAGAUACAUUUAAACCAAAACAGGAACAGGAUGCUACUUGAAAAUAUGCCAUGAUUUCUCUCUAAUCAAUUUAAAACAAUUGUCAUAUAAUCCCAAAAUGCUUAUUAUCAAUAAAUAAUCAAUGGACUGAGGGAUGCUGCAAAUCAAACAAACUUGCUUGGGUCUGAAUUGCCUUAAACCUUUGGAAAUGGUCUAUUCUGGGAGACAUUCUUGAGUAACAAAUCUAGUAACUGUACUGUAAACAUGUAAACAGGCUAAAAUAUCGCUAAGGUCAUAUGUAUGCAAAUCUUGUACUACAAAGGUCAUUUUAUCCAUAAACCAAGUAAAUUACUAUAUAAGGCAAAUGAUGUAGUGUGGGGGUGUGUACAAUUACUGUAAAUAAUCUUUUUUUUUUUUUAUAAUUAUUUUUUGUAUCUUCAAGGUUUAAAGCCGUCUUUGUUGGCAUCUACCCCGACUCUUUAUUUGUAUAAGAUUUAAUAAAAUUUGUUUACUGUA